UGUUGUCGCCGACAGGAGCCGUGGCCCCUCCUCCGGCACAGAUGGUGUUUAUGAAGCUGCAGCACUUCCUGGUGGAGCUGGGAGCGAUGUCCGGGGCCCGGGCGCUGCUGCUGCUGGCUCUGCUGGGCUCUGCAGGUUCCACGUUCCGGUUUGCGUCGUAUUAUGGCGAUCACAUGGUGCUGCAGAUGGCGCCGUCUCGGGCCUCGGUCUGGGGUUACGGGGAAGUGGGGGCCACGGUGACCGUGUCUCUCUACAAAGGACGGGACGCUCUCUCCAAAAAGGCGGCCUCCGUAAACGGUGAUGUUGGGGUGUGGAAGGUCCUCUUGGACCCCGUGGCCCCCGGGGGUCCGUAUCACUUGGUCGCUCAUCACUAUUAUGAUAAAAAAGUAGAGAACAUCACCCUGGAGGACGUUCUGUUUGGCGACGUUUGGCUGUGCGGGGGGCAGAGUAAUAUGGAGAUGACCGUCUCGCAGAUAUUCAACGCCAGCAAAGAGCUGAAGAAAGCCCCUCAUUUCCCUCACGUCCGGCUCUUCACCGCCGCCCUGGAGACGUCGCAGGUGGAGCUGGAGGAUCUGGUCAAGGUGGAUUUGCCGUGGUCGGCGCCGACCCCCAGUAACCUCGGACAGGGGGAUUUUACCUAUUUCUCGGCGGUCUGCUGGCUGUUCGGCCGCCAUUUGUUUCACCGGCUGAAGUAUCCGAUAGGAUUGGUGGAGUCGGUUUGGGGAGGGACGCCGGUGGAAGCCUGGUCCUCGCGGAGAGCUCUGUCACACUGCGGCCUGCGGGGAGAUCCUGAGUGGGGCAAGAACGGGUUCUAUUUUCCCGGAAUGUUGGCGGGGCCGUGCGACUACUCCGUCCUGUGGAACGCGAUGAUCCAUCCCCUGCUCAAUAUGACCAUCAAAGGAGCCGUUUGGUAUCAAGGGGAGCAGAACACGGUGACCAACCCCGACCUCUAUAACUGCACCUUCCCGGCGCUCAUCGAUGACUGGAGGCGAUCGUUCCACGAGGGCUCCGGCGGCCAAACCGGCAGAGACUUUCCCUUCGGCUUCGUUCAGCUGUCGACCUAUCAGAAGAGCAAACCGCACGAUAUGUACCCCGCGAUACGCUGGCACCAGACGGCCGACUACGGCUACGCGCCCAAUCCCAGGAUGGCCAACACCUUCAUGGCCGUGGCGAUGGACCUCGGGGACGAGCAGUCUCCGUACGGAAGCGUUCACCCACGGGAUAAACAAACCGUCGCGUACAGACUCUUCCUGGGGGCCCGGGCCGUCGCCUACCGGGAGAAGAAGCUGUCGUUCCAGGGGCCGUUCCCGCGGGCGAUGGUCGUGGACUACGCGGGGUCCUACAUCAACAUAACGUUCGACCAGAAUCUCCUGGUGACCCACCCCAGCGACACCAUCUUCGAGGUGCUUUGCGCCGGGGAUGGGAAUGCAGAGGAUUCUCUCCGGUGGUCUCCGGCCGCGCUGCGCUCCGCGUCCCCCAGGGUGGUCACCGUCCACUUUAAAGGAUGUUCGCGGGUCUCUGCCGUCCGCUACGCCUGGGCGGACUGGCCGUGCGAGUACAAAGCCUGCCCCAUAUACAGCGCGAACGGGAAGCUCCCCGCGCCCCUCUUCCUAAAAUAUUUGUGAAAAAGCCAAAAUCGUGCAUUUUGAGAAAAUCCUCUGCUGGAAAUGAUUAUUUCUGUCUGCGAAGCCAAACGAGACGUCGCUGGGAUUUCUACUUCGCUUACGGGGCGGAAUAAAUGAGCGUCGCUCUGGGUAAAAUCUUACUUACUGGAUCCAUUUAUCGAUUCUCUUCUCUAAAGUAAAAAAUUAUACAUCCGGAAAAAAAUCACAAACUGAUCGUUAAUCCAAGAAAUGAAGAAAUUCCGCUGGAGUCGCCUCUCUGCACCGCGGGGGUUAAUGUGUCGUUAUAUACCUUAUACAUUCUAUACGUUACUCGCAGAUUAUACACGGGGCUUCUGUCUUCUAAACUUUGGUUGUAAGAAAUGAAUUUUAUUUAUUUUGGGAUAAAAGCGAUCGGCGGUCAUUA